AUGCCUGUCGACAAUCCAGAAAUCGUUCAGACCGCAGGCUUGCAGGACCUGCACGCCGACGAUGGCCGUCGUGUGUCUGUGUCUACGAAAGUUGACGAAAAGACCCUCCAAGCGUUUGCUCAACGUCCCGCGGAGUACAACAACAUCCCUACCCCUGAAGAGCUUCAUGGACCGCAUGCACUCCGCCGGGUUGCAGCUCCUAUCCCUUGGUCUGUCUACACCGUGGCGUUUGUCGAGCUGUGCGAACGAUUUUCAUACUAUGGCACCCAAGUGGUUUACUCCAACUUCGUGAACCAUUCGCUCCCUCCUGCCCACGGAGGUCCUCCUGGAUCGCAUCACGACACUGGUGCCGGUGGUGGCACCGAUCAGGGUAUCUCUGGUGCUCUCGGUCAGGGCCCUGAAACUGCCAAUGGCAUCAACACCUUCAACACCUUCUGGGUGUACUGUGUUCCCUUACUGGGUGCCUACAUGGCCGACGAACACUGGGGUAGAUACAAGACCAUCUGUGUCUCGAUCGCUAUCGCUAUCCUCGGCCACAUCAUUCUCGUCAUUAGCUCCAUCCCGCCAGUCAUCACUCACCAGUCCGCCUGCUUCGCUGUCUUCAUGAUUGGUGUGAUCGUCAUGGGGUUGGGGACGGGUGGCUUCAAGCCCAACAUCUCACCUUUGGUCGUGGAACAGAUCAACAUUACGAAAGCCUUCGUCAAAACGCUUCCGUCUGGCGAAAGAGUGAUUGUCGAUCCAACCAUCACCCAGUCCAGGAUCUAUCAUUACUUCUACCUCUUCAUCAAUAUCGGUGCGCUCGUUGGCCAGAUCGGUAUGAGUUACAGUGAGAAGUACGUCGGAUUCUGGUUGGCCUAUCUCUUGCCGACUGUGGCAUUCAUGACAACUCCUUUCAUUAUGUGGUGGGGCCGCAAGCGAUACCAGCAAAAGCCUCCGGCCGGCUCCGUCGUUACAAAGUCUGUCCGCGUCCUGUUCUACGGCAUGAAGGGCCGCUGGUCUCUCAACCCGGUCACCAUGUACAAACGCACACAUGACGGAUCGCUGUGGGAGGCGGUCAAGCCGUCCAACAUUCAGCCAUCUCAAAGACCCCCCUGGAUGACCUUCGAUGACGCCUGGGUUGAUGAAGUGCGCCGAGGAUUCAAGGCCUGCGCGGUGUUCUGUUGGUACCCGCUGUACUGGCUGGCGUACGGUCAAUUGACCAACAACUUUACCGCCCAAGCCGGUACCAUGACUCUGCAUGGCGUGCCCAACGAUGUUGUCAACAACCUGGAUCCUUUUGCCCUUAUCAUCUUCAUUCCUAUUUGCGACGCCUUCUUGUAUCCCGGCCUUCGAAGACUCGGUAUCAACUUCACCGCCAUCAAGAAGAUCACUGCAGGAUUCUGGCUUGCAUCAGCCGCCAUGAUUUGGGCAGCGGUGGUGCAAUACUACAUCUACAAGGAAUCUCCCUGUGGCUACCACGCCAACAACUGCUUCAAUGAUGAUGGCACUGUCAACCCUGCUCCGAUCAACGUGUGGGCACAAACCGGCUGUUACGUUCUGGUCGCACUUUCGGAGAUUUUCGCCUCUAUCACUUCGCUCGAGUACGCCUACUCAAAAGCGCCCACGAACAUGCGGUCGCUGGUGCAGGCUAUUGCUCUCUUUACCAACGCCAUAUCUGCCGCCAUUGCCGAAGCCUUGAACCGUCUGAGUGGUGACCCCUUGUUGAUCUGGAACUACGGUGUUUUCGCCGUUGUUGCCUUCGUUGGCGGUCUCCUGUUCUUCCUCCAGUUCUUGAAUCUGGACAAGGAAGAGGACGAACUCAAUCUCUUACCCGAAGGUCAUGUCUACGCCACCAAGGAUGAGGAGUACUCUUCCAUCGACGAAACACAGCGCCCCACAACAAUUGACGAGAAGGCAUAG